CGGACUCAAGCUGUCAAGACAAACUUCAGGAUUAUUACCAAGUACGAAUAAAUUCAGAAAAUGAUACUACGCCUACGACUCGUGACUUCGAGACUAGGCAGGGGGAUGGCGUCUGCCGCCGAGGGCAGCGUGGACUCCAAAGCAGAGCUGACUGCUCUGCUGGAGCAGUGGGAGCGAGAGCAACAAGGCAGCACUCAGGACCUGGUUAACAUACUUGCCAAGAUCUCGGAGCUUGUCGAGAGAGAGACGGAGGAGUAUCACAAGGCUGAUCCUGAUCCGUUUGAUGACCGCCAUCCAGGCCGGGCAGACCCAGAGUGCAUGCUUGGCCACCUUUUGAAGAUCCUGUUUAAGAAUGAUGACUUCAUGAAUGCGUUGGUGAACUCCUAUGUCAUGACAAGUAGAGAAGUCCCUCUGAACACCGCAGCUUGUAGACUGCUGCUGAACAUCAUGCCAGGCCUUGAGACUGCAGUGGUCUUUCAGGAGAAGGAGGGGAUUGUGGAGCGCUUAUUUAAAUGGGCCCGAGAAGCAGAGCAGCCUCUAAGGAUCUUUGCUACAGGUCUGCUCGCUGGGGCUAUGGAGAAUCAGGACAUUGCUGCCAACUACCGUGAGGAGAACUCUGUGCUGGUUCCGUUAAUGUUGCAGAGGCUACGAGAGCUUCAGGAGAAAGACACCGAAAACAGGAAGGAAUUCAUACGGCCAAGCCCCCGCAAGAGCCUUGAGCCCCUCCUUCCAGUGGAUGAGGAGGCGGUUGAUGGCGAGUUCUCCCCCUGUACCCAAACCAGCCCUUCAAACACGCGCUCUGAGCAGAACAGCUUCGUGCACGAUUCGGAUGGCGAGAUUUCCUCCCAGCCCGGUUCCGCUCAGAAAAGCAGCGGGCGAGCCAACUUGGGCAUCAAAGGGCUGAUGAAACCUGCUUCGGCCCUCCAGUCAGAGACAGAUGAGCCUGAUGGCCCUGGGGAGGGAGUGAGGGAUUGGAGAAAGAGAUUAGAAAGGGAGAAUGGAAGAAAGGCAAAGCAGAAGCUAAAUUUCUCAUUGCCAGAGCCUGAGCGCAGUUUCAGCGAGCUGUCAAACAGCAGCUGGUCUGAGAUGAGUCCGUGGGUGAUCGGGAAUAACUACCAUCUGUACCCGCUCACACCUGGCAUAGAGCAGCGCCUUAUUCUGCAGUACCUCACACCUCUUGGAGAGUACCAGGAGCUAUUGGCUGUGUUCAUGCAGCUUGGUGCUCGGGAGCUUCUCAUGCAUUACAUGGACCUCAAACAGACCAAUGAUGUCCGGCUAACCUUUGAAGCCCUUAAGUACCUGGCCUCUCUUCUGCUGCAUAAGAAGUUUGCAGCGGAGUUUGUGGCUCAUGGUGGAGUGCAGAAACUUCUGGAAAUCCCGCGGCCCUCUAUGGCUGCUACAGGAGUCUCUUUGUGUCUGUAUUACCUAGCCUACAAUCAGGAUGCUAUGGAGAGGGUGUGUAUGCUGCCUCACUCUCUGCUAGCUGAAGUUGUGAGUUAUACUCUGUGGCUGUUGGAGUGUUCUCAUGCCUCUGGCUGCUGCCAUGCCACCAUGUUCUUCUCCAUUUGCUUCUCCUUUCGCGCUGUGCUCGAGCUGUUUGACAAGCAAGAUGGCCUGCGACGUCUUGUCAACUUGAUAAGCACGCUGGAGAUCCUUAACCCAGAAGACCAGGGGGCACUGUUGAGUGAUGAUGAGAUCUUCUCCAGCAGACAGACAGCCAAGCACACAUGCAUGGCUCUGCGCAGGUACUUUGAGGCACAUCUAGCUAUCAAAGUGGAGCAGGUCAAGCAGUCUUUGCAGCGCACUGAGGGAGGAGCACCUAUACAUCCCCAGCCAUACUACAAGCCCUGCUCCUACACCCACGAUCAGGUGGUUGAGAUGGUGGAGUUCCUGAUUGAGUAUGGGCCGGUGCGCCUGUACUGGGAGCCUGCAGAGGUCUUCCACAAACUGUCCUGUGUGCAGCUCCUACUGCAGCUGAUAUCCAUCGCCUGUGACUGGAGAACGUAUUAUGGAAGGAGUGACACAGUGCGAUAUGCACUGGACAUCCUCAGCAUCCUGACUGUUAUCCCAAAAACUCAGCUUCUUUUGGCUGAGAAUGUGGCUGUGUUGGAUGAGGGAGGGUCUACCAUCUCAACAGUAGGCAUGAGCAUUGUGCUGGUUGUAGCUGAGGGUGAGGUAUUCGUCAAUGAUGCGGAAAUCCAGAAGUCAGCCCUGCAGGUGGUGAUCAACUGUGUGUGUGCUCCAGACAAGCGUGUGUCCAGCAUCGGCAAGUUCAUUGCCGGAACCCCACGCCGUCGCCUGCCCCAGACUCACCGCGCCAGUGAGAGCGUCUUGGCCAAAAUGUGGAACGUGGUCCAGUCCAACAACGGCAUCAAAGUACUGCUCUCUCUGCUGACUGUCAAAAUGCCCAUCACAGAUGCAGACCAGAUUCGAGCACUUGCGUGCAAAGCGCUAGUUGGGUUAGCGCGUAGCGCCACAGUGCGACAGAUCAUCAGCAAGCUGCCUCUGUUUAGCAGUGGACAAAUCCAGCAGCUGAUGAAGGAACCUGUACUUCAGGACAAACGUAGUGAGCAUGUGCGGUUUUGCAAAUAUGCAGCAGAGCUUAUAGAGCAAGUGUCUGGGAAGCCGCUACUAAUUGGUACAGAUGUUUCGCUAGCACGGCUGCAGCGGGCGAAUGUCGUUGCACAGUCACGUAUUACGUUCCCCGAAAAGGAGUUGCUGCUGCUUAUUAGGAACCAUCUUUUAUCAAAAGGCCUCACCGAUACUGCUUCUGCACUCACAAAAGAGGCUGAGCUACCUAUGGGCAUCCACACGCAUUCACAUACUCAUGCUGGUGUAGCACCUUUUGCGGCUGUUACCAUGGCGACUCCACCCUCACCAGCUGCCAUCCCAAGGACUCCUCGGCUUGCAAAUGGAGUGGCAGCACGGCUUGGGGGCCACACCCCUCAUACAGUGACUUCGCCUCUUCACCCGCAGCCACGCCCGUCUACCUCACAGCCCCCACCCCCAGCCCCUCCUGCAUCAUCUCACCAUACUAACAGUUCUCCUCUGAUUGGGCGUAUCGUGUUCUCGAGGGAGCGGCCAUCCCCCUGUGCAAUAGGAGGGAAGAAGCCACGAGUUUUGAGGCAGAAAUCGGACCAUGGGGCAUUUAGUCAGAGUCCAGCCAUGAAGAAACAGAUGGAUCGCCAUCUCCCGUCCCCUCCAGCUCUUGAUAGUAUCAUAACGGAAUACCUGCGGGAACAGCAUGCACGCUGUAAGAACCCGGUGACCACUUGCCCCCCCUUCAGUCUCUUCACUCCCCACCAGUGUCCUGAGCCAAAGCAGAGGCGCCAGGCCCCCACAAACUUCACUGCGCGACACACACGCAGGGUAGUAUACCCCAAAUACGGGGGGGUUGAUGGGGGCUGCUUCGACAGACAUCUCAUCUUCAGCAGGUUUAGGCCGAUAUCUGUGUUCAGAGAAGCGGAGGAGGAUGAGAGUGGCUUCAUGUGUUGUGCUUUCUCAGCACGAGAGCGCUUCCUCAUGCUGGGCACGUGCACUGGUCAGCUCAAACUCUACAAUGUCUUCAGUGGACAGGAGGAAGCCAGCUACAGCUGCCACAGCUCGGCAAUCACACACCUUGAACCCUCUAGGGAUGGGUCUUUACUGUUGACAUCAGCUUCAUGGAGCUAUCCCCUGUCAGCCCUUUGGGGCAUGAAGUCUGUCUUCAUAAUGAAGCAUUCCUUUUUAGAUGAUCAUUAUGUGGAGUUCAGUAAACUCUCCCAGGACAGAGUAAUAGGAACGAAAGAACACAUUGCACAUAUUUAUGACAUUCAAACUGGGCAGAAGACCCUGACCCUGAACAACCCUGACCUGGCUAACAAUUACAAGCGCAACUGUGCCACCUUCAAUCCCACUGAUGACCUUGUCCUGAAUGAUGGGGUCAUGUGGGAUGUCCGCUCAGCACAAGCUAUCCACAAGUUUGACAAGUUUAACAUGAACAUCAGUGGAGUUUUCCACCCCAAUGGCCUGGAGGUCAUCAUCAACACAGAGAUUUGGGACUUAAGGACCUUCCAUCUACUGCACACGGUACCAGCGCUGGAUCAAUGCAGAAUCGUCUUUAACAACAAUGGAACAGUCAUUUAUGGAGCAAUGCUACAGGCUGAUGAUGAGGAUGACAUGAUGGAGCAGCAGAUGAAGAGUCCCUUCGGUUCCUCCUUCAGGACAUUUGAUGCCACUGACUACAAACCCAUUGCCACCAUUGAUGUGAAGAGGAAUAUUUUUGACCUUUGCACAGACACCAAAGACUGCUAUCUGGCUGUCAUUGAAAAUCAGGAUUCCAUAAACAUGGACACGGUGUGCAGGCUUUAUGAAGUUGGUCGACAAAGACUGGCUGAGGAGGAAGAGGAUGAGGAAGAUCAGGAGGAUGAAGAUCAGGAAGAGGAGGACGAUGAUGACGACUCCGAUGAUGACAUAGACGAUAUUGACACAGACCCCCUGCUGGCAGAACUGGAGAAUGAGAAUAAUGGAGAAGAAGAGGAGGAGGAGGAGGAUGGCGAGCAGGAUUUUUCUCCCUCUGAUGAUGAAGAGGUGGCUCGCCUGCUGGAAGAGGAAGGGGAUGACGAUGAUGACGAUGAUGAUGACGAGGAUGACGAAGAUGAUGACUCUGACGAUAAUGAGGGAGAUGUGGACCUUGUGCUUGAUAACAAUAGCUCGGACAAUUCCGAUCUGGAAGACGACAUCAUCCUCUCCCUAAAUGAGUGAACCAGUGAGAAAAGAGGAGAAAACCGGAAGCACAAUCUUACUCGUACCUCAGAAGUGAACACCACUGAGAGAGGAAUGAUGACAAUAAAAUGUCAAAAAGUGAUGCGUUGUGGAACAAGCCAGAAAAUUAAGCGGUUAGCAACUAGAGGAGUGGAACACUUGAUCAGAUCAAGGGCUCCUAGGCUGCGGAGGCCCUCCCUGCGAACCGUAUUUGGAGGGCUCUCUGCAAAUGCUAAUAAACAUGGAAUUGCUGGAUGAUAAAGGAAGAUAUAGUUUCUUACAAGGAUGGCUUGAUAGAGCAUGUGUGAUAGUUUCUAAAGAAAAUCCCACAAAAAAAUAUUUAGUUUUCAUGGAAAAGCUCUUUCUAAAGUUUCCCCCUUUUUGAAUGUAUCCUUUUGUAAGAGAAGAUAAAUACUGACAGAUGUUUUGAGAGGGGUGUACUUUUAAGAACAUUUAUCAUAUUGUCUGUUUCAAUGGGUAUGCCCACAAAAAACAGCUGGUGGUGUUGGUCUAGGGUGUCUAUGAUGUCUGGUCACUUUUGUGGUUCUACUGAACCCUGACUGGACACUGCGUGUCAGUCUGUUUCAAAGGGACAUGGGACUGUCUGCUCCUCUUAUGGUGUGCCUGCUUGAUUCCAUCUCCCCUUAAACAUUAUUGUCGGUUAUUUUGCUGCCACAAUACCUUUUGGGCUUUAGUUUUUUGGGGUUUUUCUUUUCUUUUUCAGGACUGCCCGCAGCAACAAAUAUUUUUCUGUCCAUAUUUUCUUAUUCUUUUGCUCAAAAUAGAAGCAGUUAGCGCUUAUAUUUAGUUUUGAGAAGGCGUCUUAAGAGUUGUGCCUUCCUUCCUGUGUACUUUAUGGUAUGGGUACGAUUCUGAAAUUCCAACAGAAAUGAAGCGUGAUCAGGCAACAUCAGUCCUAACUGCCCAAAAGUGAAUAUAUUUCAGGGUGUCAUCUGCACCCAUGGUCCUAUACCAGCAUUUCAUG